ACAAGCCGCUAGCGACUCAUACAGAUCGCGUACGUACGCUUGUUCAACGCUUAUCUAGAAAUUUUCGAUUUACUUACUCUAUAUCAUAGAGAUCGACAAUCAUUAUGGGGUGUACGAACACCAAGGUUCACCCAGUGAAUUUUGACCCAGUGCCUCAAGCCAAGGAGACCUGGUUCGAAAGGAAGGUUAAGAGACGCUCGGGGAAGGUGAAACAAAACUUACUCAGAUGCCUUCACCGAGACUCGAAUUUGAAGACCAGGAAGAUUGCGUGGCCUGAGCAGCCCAGAAGUGUGAAGACCACACAGAACAACGAGGACGCAUUCUCAGUGAAGACCACACAAAGCAACGAGGACGCAGUCUCAGUGAAGACCACACAGAACAUCGAGGACGCAUUCUCAGUGAAGACCACACAAAGCAACGAGGACGCAGUCUCAGUGAAGACCACGCAAAGCGCGGAAGACGCACUCUCAGUGAAGUGCACACUAAGCAACGAGGACGCAGUCUCAGUGAAGACCACGCAAAGCAAGGAAGACGCACUCUCAGUGAAGUGCACACUAAGCAACGAGGACGAAAUCUCAGUGAAGACCACGCAAAGCAACGAGGACGCACUCUCUGGAGAUAGCAGCUUUUCUGAUGACGUCUCAGAUGUCUCUACAUUAACAACAGAGUCUGAGAGUAGCAACUUAUCUGAAGACGUCUCAGAUGUCUCUACAUUAACGACAGAGUCUGAGAGUAGCAGCUUAUCUGAAGACGUCUCAGAUGUCUCUACAUUAACGACAGAGUCUGAUACUGAGACUAGCACGUCAUCCGGAUCCUUCGAAUCAGUCAUCGACCUCCCCGUUUCCCCGCCCAAACCAUCACGCGGGCAGACGACACCCGUCCCGAAGACACUCGUCCCGAAGACACUCGCCCCGAAGACGAGAGAAGAAAUACUCCUCAAGAACAUCGCAAGAGCAGGCUUCCAGAUCGACCCAGUGCCUCGGGACGGGGAUUGUUUUUUCGGUGCGGCCGCCAGACAACUCGGCAGAGGAGAACCCCGUAUUGACACCACCGCCCUGCAGCUCCGUAAAGACCUAGUGCACCACAUCAGGGCUCACAGUGAGAAGUUCUGCGUAGCGGUACCGGGCGGUUUCUGGGCGUUCCAACAGGAGUUGGACAGGCUGGCACGGCGGGGCCACUGGUGCUCGGAUGUAGCAGACGUCCUUCCGAUCGCUUUGGCGGAUUUUACGUCUAGAGAGGUUGUGCUGAUCACCAGCACCGACAUGCAGGUCAUGGUGCUGCCGCCAGAGGGCGAGGAGUCAGGCACCCCGCUAGUGUUGGCCUACCUGACUACCCCGGGCGGAGAGCACUACGAUGCCGUCAGGUUCGUGGGAGGCUGAGAGACUGGAUCGGCCUCGGGGUGGGGGGUACCGGGGGCACUGGUCGGGCCGGAGUGACGAGGAGUACGGUGACAAAUCUGACAAAUAUGGGAGUGACGAUUCCCGAGCGGGAGGGAGAGCCAGUACCGAUCCGAAGCAGAGGAAUAUGGAGCCCGAGUGAGCAUGAAUCACGUUUCUUGAGGCACCAGGACGUUUUGGCAACAAGACCAGGUCCGAGGAAGACGACACUUGGUUGGCUACACGACAGGUCAAAGUUCGAAGACUCCAAGAUGGCUGCCAGGCACACGUUUUUCCUCGUCAGUUCGACUUCACAGCGGAUUUUUAGCCUUGGAGCGAGGUUGUCUUGUGUCAGACGAGGUGUCCACACUGCAGCAUGUUUACUGAAGAAGGACAGUGGCAGUAAAACAGACAGCAGUGAUGGAGAGGUGGACCCCCGACUGGUGGCAGCAGCUAAAGACGUGGCCUCCAGUCUGGGGGGAGGGGAGAGGGAAGAGUCUGCACUGCUGCAGCUAACAUUGGUAACAUUUGU